AUGCUCUUGCAGACGAGUAGGAUGAAAAUUAAGGCCAGAAAGGACAGUGGUCCCAAGCCCAAGCCAAUGGAAUAUAAACCAAUGCUGAACGACAUAAUCAUUCUUGUAAUGGGGCCGUCUGGCGUUGGAAAAAGUACUUUCAUCAACUACCUUGCAGGUGAAGAUGUUGUCCAAGUUGGUCAUGAUUUGCGAAGUUGCACCACACAACUCCAGCCGAUUGUUGUGAACCCGCCGCCUUCAAUUCUGUUUCGAGACAGAAGACUGGUGCUUGUCGAUACUCCUGGAUUUGAUGACACUUUCGCGGCGGAAUCAGAAAUCUUGAACCGCAUUGCUUCUUGGCUUGCACAUGUCUACAGCACCGAUACGAAACUUGGUGGUCUUAUCUACCUUUACGACAUUUCCUUGCCUCGAAUGAAGGGUACUACUCUGAGGAACCUUGAGGUGUUCAAGAAACUUUGUGGGGAUCGGGCUUUGCGUAGCGUUGUCCUUGGUACGACAAAGUGGGCCGAACUGGCGUCCUCUUCCGUCGGAGAACAACGGGUAAAAGAACUUUGUGACAAAUACUGGCUGGAAAUGAUCGAAUGUGGAUCAAUCGUCCACAACUUCGGCGACACACAGCAAUCUGCGUGGGAUAUGGUGGACUCAGUUCUUGCAUAUGAUGUGGUUAUCCCUGUAAUCGGUGUGACUGGGGUCGGGAAAAGCCUGCACGAAGUAGUCGUCGGAGAUGAUCUCCAGCCAUGCACCGAUAAAGUCCAGCCCGUGAUCAUUGAUCCAAUCCUGGUGAACAGUCGAAGAGCUUCGUAUCACGGGAGAAGAGUGAUCGUCGUAGACACGCCUGGCUUUGACUCUACGUUCGGUGAUGAUUCUGCAACAUUGCAAAAAAUCGUUGAGAAUUUGGCAGCCAGGUAUGGACCAGACAUAAAGAUCGGCGGAAUCAUCCACCCUCAUGAUGUUAACCGCCGACCACACCACGACUUUCACAAUUAUCUUGAUAAGAUUUGUGAACUGUUUAUCGAACCUAGGAUGCUCAUCCUUGGCACCACAAUGUGGGGGGCCAGUGAUGACGCCAGGCGUGUUGAACGGGAGCGUAAACUUGACAGCCUCACCAACCACUAUUGGAGCAAGCUUAUUCAGGACGGAGCAAAAGUUUGUAGAUUCACAGGCAGCCAAGACUCGGCCUGGAUGAUGGUCAAGGCGAUACUUGAUGAUAGAGACCACCUACAUCGAACGGAAGUCCUUCAGAUUCAGGAAGAACUGGUUGGUGCGAAGAAGCUUCUUCCUGACACAGAGGCGGGCCAACAACUGCGUCAUAGUCUUGACCAAUUGCUCAAAACUCUAAAGAGUAAACACUCGACAGAUUCCCUUUCUAUUGAAAUGCUCAAUCCAGCCCAAAUCGCCGGUAUUCGUGCACAAAUCAAGGCGUUGCAUAUUCCACUCUCGCAACGCGUCUUACGAUUCUUCGACACUGGCGUUGACAGGAUUGUGAGUGGGCUCUCACAAAAGAACCUUCAUCGUAAGGAGGCAGUGCUGGUUUCCCGGUCGAAGAACAAAUGA